UCAAAUGACAGCUGUGGAUGUGUUUAGCAUUGGCAAACAAGAGCGUUAAUCACUUUCGCUUUACUGAAAAUUCAUUUUGUGACAGGUUCAUUAAAGGAUGUUUGACGGUUAUCAUUCGUUUUACCUCUGCAAGUAACUUCCAUACGCUUUGUCAUGGAGCCCCUUGCAGUGGAUGAUGACAUCUGCAUCCUAAAGCAUGAAACCUAUGGGCCGGUGGAGAGCCCUGUGUCGGUAUGUGCAGGGGACGAGUCUGUGGCCUCCCACUUCGCCCUCGUCACAGCCUACGAGGACAUCAAGAAGCGCCUGCGGGAUGCGGAGCGAGAGAAUUCGCUCCUACGCAAGAGAGUCAAACAGCUGGAAGAUAAGAUGUUCAAGCCUGAGGCUCCCUCAACAGAAGGACCACAGUAUGUGAACAAGGCGUUCAGUGCAUACCGGGGGAUUUACAUUGAGAAGGAGGACUUGCAGAUGGAGCUAAACAAAUUGAAAAAGGAGAAGAGCGAGAGCGAGAAGCAGCUGAAUGACCAGCUACAGGCCAAAGAGCUGGAGCUGCUGCAGCUGAGGUCGGAGCUGGAGACCAGCCAGGUAAUGAAAAGCUUAAAGAAUGCACCCGACUACUGGGAGGUGGAUAAAGUCAACAGUGAGCUGAAGAUUCACACGCUCCAGGAGGAGCUGGAGAGGACGCAGCUGGAGUGCAGGCGGCUGCAGGAGAAAAGCCAGAAUAGCGCUGGUAAAUCGACCACUGAUUGUGAUCAGAUUGAAGAGGGCCCAUCUAACAACAGGGAGUCGUGUGUUAUGAAGUCAUAUGCAGACCUGUGCAGUGAGAUGUCCCACCUGCAUUCGGUUUUAAAAUCACAGUCUGAACUGCUGAAGACACUCCAAGAAAAACCUAUUCUGCAAGCAAACAAAAGAGCUGCCUCCACAGUGCCCGUGCAGUGUCUGGACGAUGUGGAGAAGACCCAGACGGUGAGGGUCACCGUGCCUCGCCCCCCCAGUGCCCCUCCGCUCCCUUCCAGCGCCGGUCGCCCCUGUCCCCCUGCUGGAACCCCCACCGCGGCGCCCCCUGUCCUUCUGGAGGGCCUGCGGGAGGACUGCUGGCAGAGGCCGUGCCCCAUCCCCCGGCCCGCUCCACUGGGCAGCCCGGCAGUCACGCUGCCACCGCCCCAGCGCAUGAGCUCCCUGGAGGACAGCUCCUGGUCCAUCCCCAGCCCGCCCAGGCCCACUGAUGCCCUUUUCUGGGAAGGCACCAAGCCCAAGAGUACCACUGCUGACUGGGCCAAGCCUUACUGAGAGGCCAUGGCCCCCGUGGCCAACCACCCACCAACAUGCCCCCCACUCCCAUUUUAGAGACACCCAGCCUGCCUUAAGAUCUUCACCUCUUUGAACUCCCAGAACUAUUAGGGAAGACAUACCUCUGCCACUCUGAACUUCAAGCCCCCCCCACCCCACCCCACCCCAACCACACACACACACACACACACACACCUACACCUCUAACCAUCCCAAACUCUCACCCUGUUUCUUGGUCUCCCACUCUGGGGCAAAAAGUGACGGCUUUGUAGAACUUGAAAAUGACAAGACAUCUCACACACCAAAGGGCAGCAAGUUUGAGAGGACUGUGGAUUUUUCAGUGCUGACAGUGAGGACAUAGAGGUGAAUGUGUGCGUCAGUGUGUAUAUCUGUGCGUGUGUGUUUAAGAGAGAGUAUGGAUGCGUUUUUACUGUUCAAGUGUUUGGGGUCCCUUACAAAUUCCCCUUCCACUCCGUGGCUCUUGCAUAGUAUGGAGCUGUACUUUGUGUCUCUGGAGCCAGUUUCCUCCAAUCACAGGACAGUCAAACACUGACCACAUGGUGUGGCAUAGCAUUGCAAACAUGUGACGGCCUUCUUUCUUUAAGAUUCCUUUUAUCCCGUAGAAAUGUACUACUUUACUGCCACCAAUGCACCUUAGAUUAGCCUGUCCAUAACACUUUUUUUUGUUCUUUUUUUCAGAGGAAAACUAGCCAUUUCCUACCAAUAUAGUCAUUUACAACAUUAACAAUGUUUACAUUGUAUUUCUGAUUGAUGGAGUGUUAUUUAAAUUGCCAAAAAAAGCUUUUCCCCUAAAAACAAGGACAUUUCUGAGAGACCCCAAACUUUUGAAUAGUAGUGUUUGUGUGCACACCUUCACGUGCGCACCACUGUGUGUAAAUACUGUAUGUAUGUAUGUGUGUGUGUGUGUAAAAUAUUUGUUUCCAUACAUUGUAAUGAUGGCUACUUCUUAAUAACCAUUUAUGUGUGGACUCAAAGGGAAAAGCUCUCCUAUCUGCUGUUAAAAAAAAGAAAUGUAGGAAUCUCUGAACUCUUGCCAAUUAAUAGGCUACAUACUGUACGUAUACCUACUUCUGGUCAUCUUGAGCAGAUACUAGAAAAGACACAGGCAUAUCUAAAACUAUAUCUGAAACCCCAGAAUGGUUUUAAUGGUUUACUUUCCUUAAGGACAUCAAUUAGAGAUGACUCCAGGCUACUGACUAACAGCAGCUCCAACAUGAACCUGUCUGUGAGUUCAGUUAUCGAGUGUCUUUAAUGUCCACAACCAUUAUGGAGCUCAAAUGUUAAAGAUGAAGAUGAAUGUUUCCUGAAGGGAGAUAUUUAUGAAAGUCUCAACAAACGCAGUUAGUCUUGAUCAUGAAUAUCGUCAUCUUUGAAUUGUUCAUGAAAGUGUUGUAGGUCCAGCCCUGAGCAAACUCAUCUGAACCAGAUGAUUUAAGUAAUGUUUUAGAAAAUACAAGCUGACCACUUUUGAAAAGCUGUGGAGACAAAAAUGCUUUUUCCUGGCAAAGUUUCCGAUCUUCUACGCUGACAAAAUAUCACUGGAUAUUUGGGAAAGAAAGAUGGAAAUCAAGUGGUUUCUCCCUAUAAUAAUGUACAUUUUAAUUUAUUUGUAUUCUUUUGUGAAGAAAUGCACAAACUGUUGUUUUUAUCAGCAACAAUAUCAAUAGUGAAUAUGUGAAUUGAUUCAAGACAAUUGUUUAAAGAACCCUGCUGUGUGACUGCAUUUAAGCUAGUUUACAACGUGAGGGAUGGGUUGUAAAAGGGACAGAGCAGUGUAAUGACUGACCACUGUAGAAAGUGUGAUGUGCCUACAGUGGCCCGUAACAAAGAUAGUACUUAUAUAUGUGAAGGUCUGUGGUGUGUUAUUGAAGGUAUGGUAUUGAUUUGUCUGUUCUUUUUCUUUUUGUUUCUUUAUCUGACUUUCUUUGCUGCUCUGAAAUCACCAUUUGAAAUGCACAAAUGAACAUAUUGUAUGUUCAGUGUAGUGUAAAGGAUACAAUUAUUUACUCACAAAUGACAUGUGAUGCAUGUUAGGCCUCAUUACAUACAAACUACAAUUGAUUUGCCAUCACAUAAAUGGUGACCAUGGUGUAUAAAAAAAAUCUCUAAAUUGAAGCUAGGAAUUUGUUGGCUCUGUACAGCCCAUAAUUUAUAAACUCCUCUGCAGCCUCAUUGUCUGUCAACUUGUCUAUUAAACCAUCUUUUCAAAUUGUCAUGGCAUGGCAGUUAGACUUACAAUUUGUCCCUAAAACCAUUGCUUUACCGAGGCUGAGUAGCAGGGUAUGUGGGCUUAUUUUGGAGACAGUUGGCUGCCCAUACAGACACUGAAAUCAUGCAUCGCCACCAAAGUUAUUAUCAUUCCGGCAAGCAAAUUCACCUCUUGUGAUUGGAGUUCUCUCUUCUAGUCAGAAAUGUAUGAAGCACUGGCUGCAGUUGAAAAUAUUACCAUUUAUAUUCAGUUCAAGAUGAAGUCAAAGGAGGACCUUUUUUUGUUUGUUUUUUUACAGUAACAGCAGUAACGUAUACAAUAUUCUUGCAAAAGAUUUGCAACCCAAAAUGCAAUGUACAGUAGAUAAGGAUUAUUAUAUUUUAGGAUUACCACUCCGGAGACUUUGUAAAUAUGAUUUAAAUUAAAUAAAUGAAUGAAUGUCA